GACGAGAGAAUAAAUAGGACAAAAAAUUCCAAAUUAGUGCUUAUCCGGAAUAUAAACCAUAGGGAAGCAUCAAGAGAAUUUAUCCUCUGUAAUUUUGCAAACUUAGAACAUAAAUUUUCGUCGGUCCGUCCUCAUCCAGCAAGCGGUAAAUUUCCAAGAAGAAAAAAAAAAAAAAUUUCAAUUUUCUCAAGCUGCAAAAAUGUCUAUGAUUCGGAACGUCUUCGGUCGCCGACCCAAUUUCUUCGAUCCGUCCUCGUUCGAGGUCUGGGACCCAUUUGAGGGUUUUCCUUUCCGCUCUCACUCGGAACUGGGCUCGCACUCCUGGUUCCCACCUCAAACGGCCUCGUUUGCUCAGGCCCGGAUCGACUGGGUGGAGACUCCGACAGCCCACGUGUUCAGGACCGACGUUCCGGGGCUGAGGAAGGAGGAAGUGAAGGUGGCGGUGGAGGAAGGAAGGGUCCUCCAUAUCAGCGGGGAGAGGAGGCGGGAGCUGGAGAAGACGACCGACACGUGGCACCGCGUUGAGCGCAUCUCCGGCAAGUUCUCGAGGAGGUUUAGGUUGCCGGAGAACGCUAAAUUUGAUCAGGUCAAGGCCGUUAUGGAUAACGGGGUGCUUACUGUCACCGUGCCCAAAGAGGAACCCAGAAGGACCACUUCCAGGAAUAUUGAGAUUUCUUGUGGUUAGGAUUUUGUAAGCCCCUGAAUAAACUACGGUAUUGUUCUUGUUGUUUGGGUUUUGAACACUCUCUCUUCGUACGUUGUGUUGGGUUGCGACUGGGUUCCUGUGUGUAUUUGUAUGGAACAUAGAUAAUUAAUCCAACAAGUUGUACUGCUUGAUUAUAUUA